GCGCUGCACUAAGUGGAUACCACCAAAAAAAACCUCAAAGAAGAAGGGCUAAUUAUGUGUUUCUGAGCCAAUUUUUGUGGACAUAUUAACGAUGUUCUCACUGCUAUGACUCUUAACCACCAGUGCAUCAUCAAAAAGGUAGCCUUCUCUAAGCGCCUUGCGUCUGCAUGUGCUGGAUUCUUCAGAAGUAAGUAGGCCUGUAACAUACCGGUCAACAACAUUCAGUUUCCAAAGUGAAGGAGAUACUUAACAUUGGGCUGUGGAAAUAAGGGAGUUUUUCCCCUUCAACGCCCCGCCCCUGCAAUCCCUGGCUUUCUCACCAAAUAUUUUUCAGACAAGACAAGGAUGCACAAAUGGAACCUAGAAAUCAUCUCUAAUCAGAAUACAUGAUUCAGCAGGAGAAGCCAGAGUUGGUUGGGACUAUGCCUGUAGUGUGGCCCACCCUCCUUGAUCUUGGUAGAGAUGAGUGUAAGAGAAUACUUCGCAAGCUUGAGUUGGAGGCGUAUGCUGGGGUAAUAAGUGCUCUCCGAGCACAAGGGGAUCUCACAAAGGAUAAGAAAGAUCUGCUCGGGGAACUUACGAAAGUCCUCAGCAUCUCCACUGAGCGGCAUCGUGCAGAGGUCCGCAGGGCCGUCAACGAUGAGCGCCUCUCUACAAUCGCAUAUCAUAUGUCUGGACCAAACAGUUCUUCAGAAUGGUCUGUCGAAGGGCGUAGACUUGUCCCUUUAAUGCCAAGGUUGGUUCCUCAGACAGCCUUCACAGUAACUGCCAAUGCUGUAGCCAGUGCAGCCGCCCAUCAAAAUGCAUCUCUACUCCCACCUGCAGAGACUGGUAAUAAAGAAGUGGUAGUUUGCUACUCCUACACAAGCACCACCGCUACAGCCACCAAUGUCACUGCACCCAGUGGCAGUGGCGCCCCUACAGUCAAAUCUCCACGGCCUGCCAGCCCAGCCUCCAAUGUGGUCGUACUCCCCAGUGGAAGCACAGUUUAUGUCAAGAGUGUGAGCUGUGCAGACGAGGAUGAGAAACCUCGCAAACGUCGACGCACCAACUCCUCGAGCUCCACUCCAGUGAUGCUGAAGGAGGUGCCGAAGGUCAUGCCCCCAAUCUCCAAAACAAUCACGGUGCCUAUGAGUGGCAGCCCCAAGAUGAGCAAUAUCAUGCAGAGCAUUGCCAACUCUCUCCCUCCUCACAUUUCACCAGUGAAGAUAACCUUCACCAAACCGACCACACCUACCACCAACACCACCACCCAAAAGGUGAUUAUUGUAACAACCUCUCAAAGCUCCAGCUUUGUCCCCAACAUCCUCUCCAAAUCCCACAACUAUGCCGCCAUGUCCAAGCUGGUGUCCACAUCUGUUCUGAGUUCCUCCAGUCAGAAGCAAACCGUUGUCAUCCCAACCUGUUCCAACGCAGGCUCUGGCCCAAAUACGGUUGCUGUGACGACAGUAGUGGCUUCCUCUCCAUCAGUGGUCAUGUCUACUGUAGCUCAAGGCGCAUCUCCAGCAGCAGUGAAAGUUGCCACGGCGAGACUUCCCUCUCCAAAGACCUUUGUUGGGACUCCAGCACAGAUCCUUGCCCAGUUCCCCAAAAACCAGCAAGCGUCCAAACAGAUUCAGCAGAGCAGCCCUGUUCCAUCGUCGUUAGGAGCUGUUCAAACCACUUCUACAUCCCCCAUUAGUAAGCCUACCAUCCAGAUAAAGCAAGAGUCUGGAGUGAAGAUCAUCACCCAGCAAAUGCAGCCUAGUAAGAUCCUCCCCAAGCCAUCAUCUGCCACACUUCCCAGCAGCAAUGCUUCACCCAUCAUGGUAGUCAGUAGUAACGGAGCGAUUAUGACAACAAAACUGGUGUCCACGCCGACAGGUACCCAGGCCACGUACUCACGCCCAACAGGCAGCCCCACAAUAGGGGGCAGAAUGUCAACUUCUCCUGGAGGAGCCACCUACGUGAAAACUACUAGCGGUAGCAUCAUCACAGUGGUUCCCAAAUCUCUUGCGACGCUUGGAGGCAAGAUUAUCAGCAGUAACAUAGUGUCUGGGACAACAACAAAAAUAACCACCAUCCCCAUGACCUCCAAGCCGAAUGUUAUUGUGGUGCAGAAGACAACUGGGAAAGGAACCACAAUUCAAGGAUUACCUGGAAAGAAUGUUGUAACUACACUGUUAAAUGCAGGAGGUGAGAAAACGCUACAAGCUCUUCCUGGAGCAAAGCCAGCCAUCAUCACUGCUUCUCGUCCCAUUACCAAGAUGAUAGUCACCCAGCCGAAAGGCAUAGGCUCAGGAAUGCAGCCUACUACUACCACCAAAAUCAUCCCCACCAAGAUAGUAUAUGGACAACAAGGAAAAACUCAGGUUUUAAUCAAACCCAAGCCCAUGACUUUUCAGACAGCUGUUGUGAGCGAGCAUACUCGGCAGUUGGUGAGUGAGACCCUCCAGCAGGUGGCCAGACCCUUAGAUGCAGGAGCUGCAUCUGGCCAGGAAGGGUUGCCCAAGGACGACUCUCCGACCUUCCCAGAGAGCAGUUCGCCCCCCUCAGAGUCUAUGCACAGUGCUCAAGCUUUAGAUGCUCAACCUGUCGUUCGCGUAAUCGCCUCCAGAGGGCAGGAGUGGACUGAGCAAGAGGUUGAGACCGGUCCUACCAUUAUCUACCAGGAUGUCUUGGGAGAGUCUCAGUCUGCCACCUCCACCAUUAAGGCUUUGCUUGAACUCCAGCAGACAUCAGUGAGGGAGAAGGCCGACCCCAAACUACGACAGCAUACCAUUGAUCUUAGCCAGAUGGCCGUUCCCAUUCAAAUGACCCAGGAGAAGAGACCGUCCCCAGAGUCUCCUGCACAGACACAGGGGGAAGCUGAGGUCCUGACGGAGUACAUUCCAGCCGGUAAGUUCACGCCCAGCGCCUCCGCUGGAGCUCCGGUUGGUGAGGUGACCUCACCUUCCCAGCAGCAGCAGCAGCAGCAGCAGCAGGAUGCUUCGUCCCUGUUUAAUACACAAACAGCGGUGGCUGGGAAGUCCAGUCCAACGUCGUCUACAUCAGCAUUCGUUCCGCAGAGUGGAGGAAGUCCAUCUCUGUUGAACAAACAGGCAGAGGAGCAGGUGAUGGAGGAAGGAGACCUCGAAGGGGACACCCUUGAUCCACAAACGGGGCUUUUCUAUAGGUCCUCUCAGCCUGCUGUCCCGCCCCUUCAACAGAGAAGCACUUUGGCGACCCAGUCAGAACAGGGCCGACACACGCCUCACCCAGUGCAAACCCAGCCGAGCAAAGCCACGGUCAGCCAGCCUUGUUCCUCGUCCACCGUUGCCCUUAAAAAAGGGCCACAGCCGCAAGAGACAGUUCCAUCCAAGGAAAAGCCCUCGGGCUCUGGGACCCAUCCAGUGGUUGUCCUCUCAAUGAAGCCUCCCCAUACUCCCCAGCUGCCUAAGCUACAACAGGCCCCGACUUCUCACAAUAGGCCUAACCUCCACUCUCCACUGUCCCAUCCACCACCCUUGCAGGCACACCAUCCUGUAGGAUCUGACAAGACAUCCUCAGGACAGGUUCAGCAGCCCAUCAUCACCCAGGGGGCAACGGUGACAAAAAUCACCUUUGGUAGUCACGUGUCACCACCAAGAACCAGCACCGCAGAAGCGACAGGCAAACUGGUGCCAGAGUCCAGCUCAGGCCUCGGCCAUCCGAGUGCCAAGCCCUCCGUAUCAGAUAUUCUAAAAAUAUCCAUGAUGGAGGCUGAGAUUGACCCUAGUGCUGAGCCUAUGGUGGUUGACUCCUCCAGCGACUGUGAUUCCUUCAAGAAGGACACAGCUGCCACAUCCCUCAUCAGCAGCUCCGCGUCUGUGUUGCACCAUUCAAAACCGCAGCUCGGCAAAUACAGCCACAUGCCAGGACUCGCCUCCCAGAAGAACAAAGAUAUGGAUGUCAUUCAGGUCAUCCCACAGUACUCAAUAAUGCCAGACUCUAGCCAGUCAAACGUAGUGGUGGAGCAGAGUGGUUUUCUUGAGAUCACAGACUAUACCAGCCAGCGGCUGGACGACGAAAGCAUUAUGGAGCAAGAAGUGGACAGCAGCAAUGACGAGGCAGCAGCUUCGAGUCCAAUGGAAGGCUGUGCCGACCAGUCCCAAUAAGCCACAAGAACCACAUAUGGCCUCGUAGUGGCGUAAUUCCUUUUCCUGUCGUCAGUCACACCAGUCACAUGGCAUCACAAAAGUGAUUUUUAUAGAGAAACAAGAAACUUGACAGCGGAGCUGAAAAGGAAAGGUAUGCAAGGAAAUUCCUUGAA